AUGAAGGAGCAGUUUGAAAAGGAGAAGUGGUGGAGGGUGCUUUUGCAUAACGAUGACAUCCACACCUUCGAGUAUGUCACGAACUGCUUAGUCAAAGUGGUGCAACAUCUUUCGCGUCGAAAGGCAUACUCUAUCACGUGGGAGGCCUGA